AGCUUACUCGGAUCCCACGUGGGGCCAUUCGCGCACGCGUAGAAAGGAGCCGAAGGGGACGCCGGGAGCAGUUCUCCUGUGCACAUAAGUGAGAGAUUCUGUGGGGUACCUACCUAUGAAUGAAAUUGCUAGAUCAAAAGGAAUUGCUUUACAUGGCUCCUGAAGUGACCAUCACAGUUCGCCUCAUUCGUUCAUUUGAGCAUCGCAAUUUCAAGCCUGUGGUAUAUCGCGGAGUUAAUUUGGACCAAACUGUAAAGGAAUUUAUAGUAUUUCUAAAGCAAGAUGUUCUUUUAAGGACCAGCCUGCCACCACCGUUCCGAAAUUAUAAAUAUGAUAAAUUAAAGAUUAUUCAUCAAGCACAUAAAUCAAAGACAAAUGAACUUGUGUUGAGCUUGGAAGAGGACGACAGGCUCCUGUUGAAAGAAGACAGCACUCUGAAGGCAGCUGGAAUCGAAGACGGAGUCCUUGACCUGCUAGGUUGAAAGAAUUGUGACUGCUCUGAACCUUUGCGGGUCCUUUAGCUGCGCCAUAUCCCCUGUGAAUAAUUAGAGGUAUUUGAAGGUAUUGCAGUAGAUGCCAAUUUGUGUCUUUCACUUUGCAUAUUGUUGAAGCCUCAUGAAUUAAUCAUAAGCAGGCAAAAAAUUAACUUCUUCAGACACAUAUUUUGAUGGGUCAUGAGGGAGAAUGUAAAGUGAUCUGUAAAAUAUUCUACUGAUCCUCUGAGUAUUAAAUUAUUAUACCUACAGGCUAAUUUCAGAGGAAAAAAUAGUUCUUCCUCCUCCUUCAGUAAUUGAGUAGCAAAUUUGAAAAAAAUAAAGGUUGUUAUUUCCUAGGACUGUUAGGGGGACUACAAAUAAGCUAUUUUAUGAUUUCCUGAAAACCAGAUUCUUGAAAUAAUUCUUGUUUUUAAUUUUUUUUUUUUUACUUUUAAAUUAUUUGAAUUCUAGAUUCUUACAACUACAACAUAUACUUUUUGUUGAUUUGAUGAAAUGUGAAGCCAAACAAAUAACUCAUCUUUCUCACUGUAGGCCCCCAAAGAACUGAAUCAAAGUAAUAUGGGUUUCUAUACUUGUUUAAAAUCCAAUUUUACAUUAACAUUUUUUUCUGUUUUUCUUU